AUGACAGAGUGGGGCUCCCAGCCGGGCUUGCGCCAUGUAGCAGCAGCCCGAGCAGUCAGCGAGGCCCAGGAUUGCCUCUACGUGGCCGCCCUGUCGGCCAUCACGUCCUCGGGCACCGUGGAGCUGUACGGGUCCGUGACGGCGCUCAAUUCCUCGGGCGUGGUGGGCACCUUUGAUACUCUUCCGCUGGCCAUCGCCGUCGACAAGGACACCCUGACCCUGUUCGUCUCCACGCCCUCCAGCAUCCAAGAGUUACUGGCGGCGGACGCGGUGAAUGGGAGACUCUACUAUGCCACGGGCGAGCAGAUAUGCUACACGGUUAUAUACUACGACUACUACAGCUGCACGUCUUACAACACGUCCGAAGGGGACAAACUCUACGCCACCUGCACGAACAGGUCCGAUAUCCACGUCAUCUCGAUUGCUGCAGAUAGCGACUUCAUGACGCGUCUGGCGGUGUGGACCUUCUUCGACGGUGAAUUGUCGCCCAACGGAAUGACGAUUGGGAUGAGGGACAACAUAUUCCUUGCCAUUCCGUUCUCCGUCGACCAGCCAUGUGCGGUGAUUGAGGUGGACAGGACCAACGGCUCGGUCGUGGCCUGCUUCGAUCCGGGGCCGGACCGCAGCUACUUCGUGCAGACCUUCGGGCUGGCCUACAACGUCGACGAGGAGUACUUCUACCACUUCUUUGCCCAGAACCCCCAGGCUGACGUCAUGUACUUUCAAAUGGUUAACAUGGAACCGGGUAUCUUGGGAGCUUCGGACGUUGACUUCAUGGGGCUCGCGAUCGACUCGCCGACCGACCUGGCCUUCGGGCCGUGCCCGCAGCCGCCGCCCGACCCCACGGAGCCCGACGCCGGCACCGACAGCAGCAACACCGUGGCCAUCGCCGUGUCGGUGUCGGUCGGCUCCGCGCUGCUCAUCCUGCUGGCCCUGGCCCUCGUUCUGUGCCUGUGCUGUCUGGCGACCAGGCGACGACGCAAGUACUUUGACUCGGGCCUCGACGCCGACCCCGAGUCCGGCGUGGAGAUGACCGAGGUCAAGUUCACCUUUAGGGAGAUUGAUGGCAAAGACCUGCGGUUGGGUAAGCUCCUGGGCGAAGGCGCCUUCGGCAAGGUCUACAAGGGCGAAUACCGAGGAGCGGUGGUGGCGGUGAAGCUGUUCGAGGCACUGCGACUGGACCAGGCCGACCAGAAGGUGCUCCACGAGCUGCGCUCCGAGGCGCAGAUGAUGGAGCGCCUGUCGAACCACCCCUCAAUCGUCAAGUUUGUCGGCGCCAUCACCAAGGGCGAGGAGGGGUCGAACUUUGCGCUCGUGACCGAGUUCUGCCCGCGCGGCUCGCUCUAUGACCUCUUGGUCAAGAAAAAGAAGAAGUUGCCGCUCAUCACGCUGGUGCGCAUGGCACGCGAUGCGGCGUCGGGCGUGCUCCACCUCCACAAAGAGCACAUCGUACACCGUGAUCUGGCCGCACGCAACAUUCUCGUAGGCCAAAACUACGAGGUCUAUGUGGCCGACUUUGGGUUGGCGCGAGUGCAGGCGGCUGAGGGCCAGGUGGCCACCACCAAGCAGAACUUUGGCCCCAUCGCCUGGAUGGCGCCCGAGGGCCUCAAGGCGCGAGAGUACUCCGAAGCCACCGACGCCUUCUCCUUUGGCGUCCUCCUCUGGGAGAUGAUGGUGAAGAAGCGGCCGUGGGCGGGCGUGGAGCCGGUGCAGAUCAUCACGUCGGUGGUCGGGAACACGCGGCUCCGGAUUCCGAAGGACUGCGAUCCGAUCUUUGCGCAGAUCAUGAAGAUGUGUUGGCGCCAGAACCCCGCCCAGCGACCGUCGUUUGAGAAGCUGGUCGACAUGUUGUCGAGCUACUACAAGAAGCUGCACAAGCUGCACGACAUCUCAGCCGACGCCUACGAGAUCAGCGACCAGGAAAGCGCCGGCGAGUCUGAAGACGAGAUGCCGGAGGGUGUGAGCUACGAGGAGUGGCAGCUCAGCCGAAUCAAGGAGGAGGUCAAGUCCUUCAUGAAACAGCUCAUCAACGAGAGAAAUGACGACUACCGCCUCAUCGCAAAGGCCAACAAGGCCGCCUUCGUCGAGCUCAAGGACGCGUUCCGUACCGGGACCGACAGCGAAGAGGAAGUAACAUUCGAGGACGACAGCGACGAAGAGGAGGAGGAGGGCACCAGGAUUGGCGGCGCCAGCAGCGUCAUCGAGAAGAAGGAGGACUACUCGGUGUCGCGAAUCAUCGCCGGCGCGAGCAACCACAUCCUCCACGCGCCCAGCAAGUCCUCGCGAACCGCACGCCGCGCCGAGACGCAGGCGGCGUCGACGACGUCGUUGGCGACAUCAAAGCGAAAAGCGAAAGCGAAGAAGACGAAGAAGGAGAAGGGAAAGGGAAAGGAGAAGGAGGAGCCGACGAAGAGCAUCUACUGCGUUCUCAAGCAAUCGGCCGAAGAGGCGCCACAAGGAAAGAAGAAGAUGAAGGAAAAGGUGGAAAAGGUGGCAAGAAGCAAGUCGCUGAUUGGGGACACCUACGCCAUUGUUUCCCAGCCAGAGCCGACAAACACCAAGAACAACAACAGAGCCACGGUCAAGGACAACAGCACAGGCUACGAAUGCCUCACCACCGGCGGCACCAACGAGCCAUUGCCCAUCGACAACUACCAAGAAAUCUGA